AUGUCGGAGUUGCCGUCUGCUGCCUCCCCGCAAUCCAACACCAACGAACUCGAAUCGUCUAGAGGCGGACCCAAAGGUCGACUGGCUUGUGAUGUGUGUCGAGAGCGUAAAGUCCGCUGCGACCGGGCGGAUCCUCGCUGCGGACGCUGUGAUCGUCUGGGCCAUCGCUGCAGCUACUAUGGUCGCAAGAGCUACCGUCCCGCAAUGGAUUCAGAUUUGCCCCGGCGGCUGUCUGAAUUACAGGAACGAUUGAGCAAAGCAGAAGCGCUCCUGGCGCUGCCUGGUGCAGUUCCAGUCGCCGGAUACCCUUGGCUAUCUCAGGCCCCAUGCAGACCAUUUUCAGAGCCAGAGUUGCCUGCGAUACCGGAUGUGGUCUUUCAGGAUGCUCCGGAAGAGUGCGGGAACCAAGAACCCUGGUGCACAUCGUUAGAAUUCCUCGGGCUUCCUGAGCUGCAGACCCCGGCUGCCACAGAGGAGAUUGGACUCUCCAGCAAGCCUAGUUCUCAUGCGAGAGUAUCGGACGAUGCUGAACAGCCUCCCGAUCUGAUUGCCCUGUAUCGCAAUUACUUCGAGAUCUUCUAUCCAACCCUGCCGAUCCUCAACCAGCAACGAUUUUUCUCUGAGAUUGCUCGUGAUCCCAACCAUCUCCCGACAAAAUGCUUAAGCUACGCGGUGGCACUGAUGGGGUCGAUGGUGGCUGUCGUACAGGAUCGUGCGAUACAGCAUCAAUGUUACCAUCUCGCGCGCCAGUAUGCCGAGCUGUGUGAGCGGAAUGAGCAUCAUGCCGACUUGAAUCUCUUUCAGAGUUUAGUCUUUAUCCUUCGAUAUGAACUCGAUGUCCGGCAGGUUACACGCGCCUGGAUGACCCUCGGUCGUGCAAUCCGACUGGCGCAAGUGCUGGAUCUGAACCAUCUCGAUCGCCCGGCUUCAAUUUGCCGGAGUAGCUGGGGUUUUCAUGUAGCGUUGCCAACGACACAAGAGCAGGGUGAUCUCGAGGAACGACGACGGGCAUUCUGGGCGUUGUAUAUCUUGGAAACCUAUACGAGUAUGCGAGCCGGCAUACCAUGCCACAUCGAUCUGCCCCAAGUCCAAGUCAAUCUCGCCUCCCCCGGCGAACUAGGCCCCGACUUCGAAGACAUGCAUAUGCCCAUCCUAACCGAGAACGUCAAUCUCACACCCGCCACACACAUCACAUCCUACGGCGGACUCGUGCUGAUGGCCACACUCGCCAGACAGUGCAUGCGACACGUCAUGCAGAGCAUCACCGCAGAAUCCGACUCGCCGCCUCCUGGGUCAGGCUUCUGGGACCGCCACUACGCCCUCAGCCAGGCAAUCAACGACCGCAUGGCCGGCCUGAAAGCACACCUCACUGCGAAAGCCUCGCGCGAGGACCCCGCGGCCUUCAGCUUACUCGUCAACCUCUGCGCCGUGGAUCUGUACCUGCACGAAGCAGCCAUCGACCAGGCUGAGCGGCAGGACUUACCCUCGUCUGUAGUCGCCGAGUCGCGACGGAGAUGUUCGGCGGAUGCGCUCAAAAUCGCUAGUACUAUUCGGAUGAAUUAUCCGGUUGCCCGGAGCGAUGGGGAUAUGCUUGCUCUGCAGCGGACGUUUAUUGGGUGGCCGUUGGUGAUGAGCAUGAGGGCGCUGUGGCGGGAGUUGCGCGCGGCGACGGAUCUGACGGCGGAUGGUGUCGCGGGUUCGCUGAGGUUUUUGUCUGGUGCGUUGGAUGCGAUUGAGGAGGAAAGCGGGUAUUGGCAUCAUCUUGUGGCUGGGGUGGGUGUCACCUUGCAGAAGUGGGAAGAGGAGCAUGAUGGGUUUGGGAGUUUGUUGCGGCAGGAGGAUAGAAAGAGAUCGAGAUCAUAG